UUUGCACGCUUUGGCUGUGACAUCCGGGCCAGAAAGAUGGCAUCAGUUAACGGCAGCAGCCAAAACUGUGUGUUGGGUCAAGAGCGAGGCCGGCUGGGGGUCCUGGCCAUGUCCUGCAUCAAUGAACUCAUGUCCAAGAACUGUGUGCCUAUGGAAUUCGAGGAGUACUUACUGCGUAUGUUCCAGCAGACUUUCUACCUCCUGCAGAAAAUCACCAAGGAUAACAACGCCCACACAGUGAAGAGCAGGCUAGAAGAACUCGAUGAGAGCUACAUCGAGAAGUUUACUGACUUUCUGCGGCUCUUUGUGAGUGUUCACCUAAGGAGAAUCGAGUCCUACUCCCAGUUCCCUGUGGUGGAGUUUUUGACACUUUUGUUCAAGUACACAUUUCAUCACCCUACUCAUGAAGGUUACUUCUCUUGUUUGGAUAUCUGGACGCUCUUUUUGGACUAUCUGACAAGUAAAAUUAAAAGCCGUCUGGGAGACAAGGAAGCAGUUCUCAACAGGUACGAAGACGCCCUAGUCCUCUUGCUGACGGAGGUGUUGAAUCGAAUCCAGUUCAGAUACAACCAGGCCCAGCUGGAGGAGUUGGAUGAUGAGACUCUGGAUGACGAUCAGACAGAGUGGCAGCGGUACUUACGCCAGAGCCUGGAGGUGGUGGCCAAAGUGAUGGAGCUCCUUCCCACACACGCCUUCUCCACACUGUUCCCAGUUCUUCAGGACAAUUUAGAAGUUUAUCUGGGGUUACAGCAGUUUAUAGUUACUUCAGGGUCAGGACCCAGGCUGAACAUCACAGCGGAGAAUGACUGCCGGCACCUACACUGCUCCCUGAGAGACCUGAGCUCCCUCCUGCAGGCUGUGGGCCGCCUGGCCGAGUACUUCAUUGGGGACGUGUUCGCCGCACGCUUCAGCGACGACCUCACAGUGGUGGAGAGAUUGGUCAAAGUCACUUUGUAUGGAUCUCAGAUAAAAUUGUACAACAUUGAGACUGCCGUGCCAUCAGUAUUGAAGCCUGAUCUCAUUGAUGUGCACGCUCAGUCCCUGGCUGCCCUGCAGGCGUACUCUCACUGGCUAGCACAGUACUGCAGCGAGGCACAUCGGCAGAAUACCCAGCAGUUCAUUUCACUCAUCUCCACCACCAUGGAUGCAGUCACACCUCUCAGCACCACCAAGGUCCAAGACAAAUUGCUGCUAUCUGCAUGCCACUUACUGGUCUCACUGGCCACCACUGUGCGACCUGUCUUUCUGAUCAGCAUCCCUGCAGUACAGAAAGUAUUCAACAGGAUCACCGACGCCUCUUCCCAACGACUUGUCGAUAAGGCUCAGGUGUUGGUGUGCCGAGCCCUCUCGAACAUCCUGCUGCUUCCGUGGCCAAACCUCCCAGAGAAUGAGCAGCAGUGGCCGGUGCGCUCCAUGAACCAUGCCAGCCUCAUCUCUGCGCUGUCCCGGGAUUAUCGCAAUCUGAAGCCCAGUGCUGUCACCCCACAGAGGAAGAUGCCCCUGGAUGACACCAAAGUGAUCAUCCACCAGACACUUAGUGUCUUAGAAGACAUCGUGGAGAACAUCUCUGGGGAAUCCACCAAGUCCCGACAGAUCUGCUAUCAGUCGCUGCAGGAAUCCGUUCAGGUCUCCCUGGCCCUCUUUCCAGCUUUCAUCCAUCAGUCAGAUGUGACUGAUGAAAUGCUGAGCUUCUUUCUUACUCUGUUUCGAGGCCAUAGAGUCCAGAUGGGCGUGCCUUUCACUGAGCAGAUCAUACAGACUUUCCUCAAUAUGUUUACCAGAGAACAGUUGGCUGAGAGCAUCCUCCACGAAGGCAGUACUGGCUGCUGGGUGGUCGAGAAGUUCCUGAAGAUCCUGCAAGUGGUGGUCCAGGAGCCUGGCCAGGUGUUCAAGCCCUUCCUCCCCAGCAUCAUCGCCCUGUGCAUGGAGCAGGUGUAUCCCAUCAUUGCCGAGCGCCCCUCCCCUGAUGUGAAGGCAGAGCUGUUUGAGCUCCUUUUCCGGACGCUCCAUCACAACUGGAGGUACUUCUUCAAGUCCACCGUCCUGGUGAGUGUGCAGAGGGGCAUGGCUGAGGAGCAGAUGGAGAACCAACCGCAGUUCAGUGCCAUCAUGCAGGCUUUUAGACAGUCCUUUCUCCAGCCCGACAUCCACCUAUUUAAACAAAACCUCUUUUACUUGGAGACCCUCAACACCAAGCAGAAGCUGUACCACAAGAAGAUCUUCCGGAGCGCCAUGCUCUUCCAGUUUGUGAACGUGCUGCUCCAGGUCCUGGUGCACAGGUCCCACGACCUCCUGCAGGAGGACAUCGGCAUCGCCGUCUGCAACAUGGCCUCCGUGGACUUCGACGGCUUCUUCACGGCCUUCCUCCCGGAGUUCCUCUCCAGCUGCGAUGGUGUGGAUGCCAACCAGAAAAACGUGCUGGGGCGCAACUUCAAGAUGGAUCGGGACCUGCCCUCGUUCACCCAGAGUGUGCACAGGCUAGUCAACGACCUGCGCUACUACAGACUCUGCAACGACAGCCUGCCGCCCGGCACCGUGAAGCUCUAGGUGCGGCCUGCUCGCCACCCGAGGGACCCCGACUCCUGCCGCCGCCCCCGCAUCACCUCCGCUGCGGCCACUGGC